UUCUCAUAAAAUGACCUAUCGGAAAUAUAGUGGGCGGGAUGGAUCAAUGAUCUGAUUGGUUGAACGGCAAUUUGCUUGGCCAAUUGGAUAAUUACCUUGUUUCCAUACUAGUAAACUGCCUUAACGUAGCUAAUAAGGAGUCCUUUAAAGAUAGCAAUCGGCCUGAAAAUCCAACAGGCAGGACGAAGAGGGGGAAUACGAAGAAGAAGAAGAAGAAGGAGGCAGAAUGACGACACCAGGAAACACAUACGACGUGAUCGUAGUCGGCGGAGGAAUAUCAGGGUUAAGUGCAGCCAAGCUGUUGAAAGAGAAUGGACUCAACCCUGUAGUCUUGGAGGCCCGCGACAGAGUUGGUGGUCGAACCUUCACCGUAAAGAAUAAGGAGACCAAGUGGGUGGAUCUGGGUGGGGCUUACGUGGGCCCGACGCAAAAUCGUAUCCUGCGAUUGGCCAAGCAGUACGGCAUCAAGACGUAUAAAGUCAACGAGCAGGAGAAGCUGGUGUACCAUGUCAAUGGAAAGUCUCACCCCUUCAAAGGGUCCUUUCCCCCCAUGUGGAAUCCCAUCGUCAAGUUGGACUUCAACAAUUUGUUCAGGACCAUGGAUGAGAUGGGCAAACAGAUCCCUAGAGAGGCCCCCUGGAAAGCCCCCCAUGCUGAGGAGUGGGACAAGAUGAGCAUGCAUCAGCUCUUUGAGAAAAUCUGCUGGACCAGUACCGCCCGUCGUUUUGGCACCUUGUUUGUCAACGUCAACGUGACCUCUGAACCCCACGAGGUAUCAGCCCUGUGGUUCCUGUGGUAUGUGAAGCAGUGUGGCGGAACCAUGAGGAUCUUCUCCACCACCAAUGGAGGACAGGAGAGGAAGUUUGUGGGCGGGUCCAGCCAGAUCAGUGAGUGCAUGGCCAGAGAACUGGGGGAGCGUGUCAAGCUGCAGUCUCCGGUCUACAGGAUUGAUCAGACCGGUGACAUGGUGGUGGUGGAGACGGCCAAUAAACAGACCUACAUGGCCAAGUACGUGAUCGUGGCGACGCCUCCUGCUCUCAACCUGAAGAUACAUUUUAACCCUGAGCUGCCCCCGCUGAGGAACCAGCUGAUCAACCGCGUCCCCAUGGGCUCGGUCAUCAAGUGCAUGGUGUACUACAAAGAAAACUUCUGGAGGAAAAAAGGGUUCUGUGGCAGCAUGGUGAUCGAAGAAGAGGGUUCACCCAUUGGAUUGACGUUGGAUGACACAAAGCCUGAUGGGACCGUCCCUGCCAUUAUGGGAUUCAUCCUUGCCCGCAAUUGCAGGAAGCUCUGUGGGCUCACCAAAGAAGAGAGGUUGAAGAGGAUCUGUGAGAUCUACUCCAAAGUGCUGGGCACUGAAGAGGCUCUACAUGCAGUGCACUAUGAGGAGAAGAACUGGUGUGAAGAAGAGUAUUCAGGAGGAUGCUACACGGCCUACUUCCCCCCGGGGAUCCUCACGCAGUUUGGGAGGGUCCUGAGGGAGCCCGUGGGCAGGUUGUACUUUGCAGGGACUGAGACUGCCACUGAGUGGAGUGGCUACAUGGAGGGGGCUGUCCAGGCCGGAGAGAGGGCGGCCAGAGAGGUUUUGUGCGAAAUGGGUCAAAUCAACCGCAGUCAGAUCUGGCUGCCGGAGCCCCAGUCUACGGAAGUCGUGCCUCUCCCUUUCAAGACCACCUUCUGGGAGAGGAACUCACCUACAGUGGGCGGCCUCCUCAAGCUGAUGGGCGUCACUACUGUAGUGUGCGCUGCCACAGCGGCUGGCGUGGUCGCCUACAAGAAAGGGCUUCUCCCACGGUGUUAGCCACUCAUUUCCUGUCCACCCGUCACAACCGUCGUCCCGUCUAGUCACAUGUGGCUCGUAGCAACAUGGACGUUUUGAAGUGGUUUAAAAACAACACCUACUGUGUAGCUACAUGAGUACUGUACUGACAUAACAUGCAUCAUAUUUCCAUGCAUUGCCAAUUUACUUAUCAUUUACUUAUCAUUUUUUUUAGCUUGUGUGCAUGCAUAAUGUCCACAAGUGGGUGUGGGGGCGUGAGUGUGGGUGUGUGUGUGUGUAUAAUUACCUCUGCUGAUUUUUUCGGUGCUGAUUUAUUGUUCUGAUGCAGCAUUUGUGCCAUUGCAGACAAGUCAAACAGGAGGUUGAAAAACAAGUCUAGUUGCCUACUCUUAUUGUCAUUUUUGUUAUUCGAAUUGUCAACCACUCUACAUGAAAGCAACACACUUGGCCUAAAAGAGUUCACAAAAUAAAAUACCGCAAACACAUCUACCUCAGUCAUCCAUGUUUUUAAUUUUUCAAUUUUUUUUUAAAGAAUAGGAUCGGAAUAUCCAUACAAGAAUAAUUAAUCAGUGUGAAAUCAUCCUGUGAAUGACUACCCAACAGCAUUUUAAUUAUACACAUUUUACUAUUUGUACUAUUCUAAAUAUUCUCUAAACAAAGCAAAAAUGUACAUAAUAAUAAAUACAUUUAUGAUAAUAAAUACACAACAAAAUAUGAUCUAAUGAUUUCAAUAUUUAUUGUAGUAAUUAUUAGGGGUGUCAGGAGAUUAAAACAUGACAAGAUUUCAUAUUCUUAUUGAAAUAUUGCAUUAUUAUUCUACAUACGUACAUAUUUAUACAUGGGCCGCACAGGUGGAUGAGUGGUUAGGAUAUAGGCCACACAGUGAGGAGUCUGGGAAGACCAAGUUUGAAUCUCUGUGUGGAGUUUGCAUGUUCUCCCCGUGCAUGCGUGGGUUUUCUCCGGGUACUCCGGUUUCCUCCCACAUUCCAAAAACAUGCUAGGUUAAUUGGCGACUCUAAAUUGUCCAUAGGUAUGAAUGUGAGUGUGAAUGGUUGUUUGUCUAUAUGUGCCCUGUGAUUGGCUGGUGACCAGUCCAGGGUGUACCCCGCCUCUAGCCCGAAGACAGCUGGGAUAGGUUCCAGCAUACCCACGACACCAUUGAGGAUAAGUGACAUAGAAAAUGGUUGGAUGGAUGCACAAACCAUAAUAAGACAUUAUCAUAAAAUCGUGCAAAAGUAUCUACGUAAGCUAACCUCAGCCCUCAAAAUCUUCCAUUCAUGCAUUUUUACAUGGGUGCAAAAAUAUUUUUUAGUUCUGAAUUGAUCUGGAUUUGUUGACAAUAAGAGUAACUUGUUGAUCAAUGUGAUCCAAGCAUUUGAAUGUAUUUCCCCACAAAAUUUUUACCUCUCAGUUUUUUAGUCUGCAAAGGAGCCUUUUUUUAUUGUGUCAUUGUCAUCGUGACUCACCUCAGCAGUAGCUUUAAAUAGUUGGACAUGAUGACAAUACAACAUUUUAAUCAUGUGUAAGCUUUUUUUAGUGUAAAACAUUGGCAUGACUUUGACUCCAUAAGUUAUAGUCACUUGGAGAAGCAACAUGAACACUUUUAUGUUGUACAAUCGUGUGUGUGUGUGUGUGAUGUCAGUGUAGUCUCUGUUGUGCCUUACUGAGGGAAAAUGGUGUUUGUUUCUUAUAUUGGUAUUUCUCAUAAGUGCCUGUGUGACUGGACACUCUGCAACGCCCUCAUCCUUCAUUCAUUCAAUCAUUCCUUUUGUCCACACCAGCUUGUUUUCCUGCUUUUGAUGUCUGCAAUUCCUCAAAAAGAACGUGGUGAUAGUGAUUUAUGACAGAGACAAACAAGUGAACAAUAAAUCUUUUACUCUUUUUCUGUGCAGAUUAUUGUUUACUAUAUACAGUGGCCUAGAAGCGCAAAGGACAACAUUUACAAUUACCCAAACCGAUCAAUAAAAUUAUUUGUUUUAAUUCA